GCUUGACUUCCAUAAAAUGCGUAGCGAACUAAAAUUAUUAUGAUGAAAUGUACUCCAUUUUACAACUUUUACAACGUGAACUACGAAGUUAUACCUAAGUGAAAAUCAAGUAAAUUAAUUGGUCUGUUUUUGCUUUCGGAUACAUUAAAUAUGAGCUUCAGAAUAAGUUUUGAGACGGCUUGAAUACUGUUGACAGUUUAUCAUUUAUGCGCUAACAAGUGUGUUAUCUGUUAUUUUGUAAAACGUUUCGAGCCAUUGUUUAGUAAAUCUUAAUCGUGAAGUUAUUUCCAAGAUAUGGCAUCGUUCAAUAGAAAAUCCAAAGGAGAUGGUAACUAUUACCAACAUGACGAUCGUGAUCGAGGAACUAGUAGCUUUCACAGUGCUAGACGCGUGUCAUUCAAAAAUACAUCCCGUCAACAAGGAUAUGACAACAAAUUACGCAAAUACAUAGAAGAUGGCGGAGACGUAGAUAUGACCAUUAAUGUGAGAAGACGCGGCAAUGUUCGAUUUAAUCCUCUAAAAGGACGACUAGGUCAAGGUGGAAAUAGAGGCGGUGGAAACUUCAGCCGGGGCGGCGGUAAUUUCAGAGCGAAAGGUAUCCAAGAAGGACCGUCGGACUGGUUUAAAGUUACUAUUUGCCACGGAAAAAAAUAUAAUCGACAAGAGGUUAUGAAAAAAUUGCAGACAUUCGUGCAACCGGUUCCUUUCGUACCGAUUGGUGUUAAAAUCGAAGAAGACGACAUGACGUUUUACGUUGAUAAUGCAAAGACUGCUAAUUCGAUAAAUUCGGCCAACUUCCGACUCCAAAUGGGCGAUGGUUGGAAAGUGCAAAUCAAAGUGAAAGCAGAAAUGCCAUCGGUUGACCUAAGCCCGGCAUUAAAAGAUAAAAUAAAAGUAGUAAUGUCUACUAAAUUUGACCCCUCAGCGCAGCACUUGGAUUUAACCAGAUUUUAUGCUAAUGAUGACUUCCUAAACGAAGACAUAUUCGUGCCUUUGAACAGACAGAAUAUAAUUUUAGCUGUAUUUCAAAUCAUUGCCGAGAGCAUUCCAAACCUUAGAUCGUUGAAUCUAUCCGACAACAAGAUUUUCACCGCACAACACUUUUCUAUGUUGAAGAAACACUGCAGCGAAUUGAAGACGUUAAAUCUAAGUAAAAAUCGAAUCCGAGAUCUCAGCGAGCUGAAAUGCCUAGAAGGAUUAAGACUUCAAACAUUAACAUUGGAUUUAAAUCCAUUAUGCGAUAAAUAUCAAGACCAAACUUCAUAUGUGAGGGAGGUCCGUAAAAUAUUCAAAACGCUGCUCUCAUUGGAUGGAGUUGACUUACCGCCACCGCUUACAUUCGAUAUCGAAGAAUCGCAAUACAAAUUGCCAACGAGUCAAGGGAACUACUUAUGUAAUGGUGAAAGCAGAGAUUUCGCCCGAUUAUUCCUAGAGGAGUAUUACAAGAUGUACGACAAUGCUAUAAAUAGAGAUGCGCUGAACGAUGCGUACGCUGACACUGCUCAAUUUUCCAUGAAUGCUUUCAAUCUUUCUGGUGGAGUUACCGUGAAUAACUAUAUAACGGAAAGUCGAAAUUUAAAAAAAGUCAACAAUUUCGAAAGAAGAGCCAAGUUAUUACACGUGGGCAAACAAGAAAUUGUGAGAUUUCUCAACACGUUGCCGAAAACGAAACAUGAUCUACCCUCCUUUACUGUCGAUGUAUUGGUGUUUACGUCUUCGCUUAUAUCUUUAUGUGUAACUGGAGUGUUUAAAGAGUCUGAACAUGUCACGCCAAUGAAAGCAUUCAGUCGAGCUUUUACACUGAUUCGAACCGCAACCGGGUUUAAUAUCGUCAAUGAUAUAUUAUCUAUUACUGAAGCAUCGAAAGAACAGGCUGCGACUGCCUUCGAAAUGCCCUCCACCCCAAUUAGUCAAGAAGCAUCAACUUCGCUGAAUACCACCCCCGUUACCAAUCCAGUUCCAACCGUAACUCCUGCCGCAAGCCCUCAAGAGAUGGAACUCAAACGUGAAAUGGUGGUCGCCUUAAGUAUACAAACUGGAAUGAACACAGAUUGGUCUGAGAAAUGUCUUGGUGACACAAACUGGGACUUCCACCGCGCGUUGAACGCAUUUAACGAAUUCCAUAGAUUGAAUAAAAUACCACCAGAAGCUUUCCAGCAAUAAAAGUCAUCAUACGAUACUUCAUCAGAAAUGAAUCGCUAUCAACGAAUUCUUCAAGAUCGGCAGCACGUAUUUUUUAAUUUCGAAUGUACAUAUAUUAUAUGAUCAAUUGUUAUUAUUUUUGUAAAAUAUUUACUGUGGUUGUGAUUUGAUUUUUGAUUUCCUCAUUAUCUCAUCGCGUUCAGUUAAUUAUGUUUCUUCUUCACUCCACCCUCCUCUUUCUUUUUCUCUCUAAAUUUGAAUUUAUUACGGUAAAAUUGCGGUAUAUUUAGUGUAUUUUUUUUUCAAGAUUUUUUUUAUUUAUUUUUUAUUUUGACCAAAAGUAUAAUGAAUUGAUUACUUUUCCUUUCUAAUUCAAAAAGUUGUAUUUUUGAAAAAGGUAUUCCAAUUCAAAUAACGGCGAUUUUACUUUUUUUAAAUUCAUUUUAUUUUAUUUUUUUUUGCCUUGAAUUUUGUAUAUAAUUUAGUUUUAUAUACUACCAAAUGUUUAUACACUGACAGAGUUGAUGAGAUUAUGCUCGUUAUGAAUGUUUUCCCCUUUUCUUUUCUUGUUGAUAUGCUAAGCGUCUCUACAUUAGUUUUAUUUUAUGUGCUUUAAUAAAAUGCUUCCUAAAAGUUGCAGUUUUACAGUACAAAUCAAUGGUCGAUGAAAUUAACAUGAUUAAUCGUUGUACAUAUUGAAAAAAAUUGAUUUUUUAUUCGCGUUCUGUGACUUGAUCUAAAGGUGCUCCUACUUUUAUAGACGUAUAUUAAAAUAUUAAUUUUUGAAAAUUAAUGAUCGCAGAAAGAUGUACAUACAUUUGUUAUUUUUAUUAUUAUAAGAAUUAAGGGGGAAAUUAUGUUGAAUAUUCCUACCAUGUCCUUUAUUUUUCAUUACCUGUCCUUUCCGUAGACAACUCCGUUACCUCAAAUGAUCCUCUCAUUGAGUUCCUGUUGUUGUUUCUAUCUAUGAUGCUGUAAGCUCUACUGACUUUGGGACCAACGUCGUCCAAUAUGUUGAAUAGAGUAUGAUACCACUUGAGAUGGUCAUCAAUCAUACGUUGUAUGCAUUGAUAGACCAAUCGUAGUGAAUAUUGAUAUGUUUUGUAAAAUAUGUAUUGCUUCACUAGUAACAGAUACCAAGUACAAAUGCGUACUUUGUUGCUACGAAUUGAUAAAUGUCGCUGGCGACUUGAUUUUGUAUUUUCCUCCAAUCCUUGUUAUAUUUUGCUAUCCUCUCAUUGCUCAGAAAUACAUUUAAUUUGGGGUAUGAUAUAAUUUGAAAAUUGAAUUUUUGAAGCACCUUCAAAUUGAUGUAUUUUACAUGUAUCCGAAUGUAUCAAUGUUGGGUUCAUCGACCAAUGAACUUUUUAUUUAUUUUUUAAAUUUUUCAUUAUUUUAUCAUAAUUAUUUUUGUUUUGAAUCACUUCAGCAUUUUUUAUUAGAUCGUUGAUGAGUAGUGUAUCUAUAUACGAUAUUCGAUUUAAAUGGGAAAUAUUAUGUUAAAAUUAAUUAUGAUUACCUAUGAUUAAGUAAAACCGUUAUUCACUGUAGUUUUUUUUUCGACUACUUUUUGUAUUCUAUUAUCUUCGCGUUAACAGUGAAAUACAUUUUGUUCCAAGAAUUUCA